AUGCCCGUCGUCCCACCAGAGAAGCUCAUCAAGCUUCAGCAUGCCGCUGAUGGCAUAAGAAACAUUUGCAUUCUCGCUCACGUCGACCAUGGCAAGACUUCGCUGUCAGAUGCUCUCAUCGCCACAAAUGGCAUCAUUUCACCAAAGCUGGCUGGCAGGAUACGCUACCUCGACUCUAGGCCCGAUGAGCAGCUCAGAGGAAUCACAAUGGAGUCUUCGGCCAUCUCCCUCUACUUUUCCCUCUUGAAACGCUCUGCGCCAGAUGCCGCUCCCGAGCAAAAAGAAUACCUCGUCAACCUCAUAGACUCUCCCGGCCACAUCGACUUCAGCUCAGAGGUCUCUACCGCUUCAAGACUAUGUGACGGUGCCGUUGUUCUAGUAGACGCCAUCGAAGGUGUUUGUAGUCAGACUGUUACCGUCUUGCGACAAUGUUGGAACGAAAAGCUCAAGCCUCUGCUUGUCAUCAACAAGAUGGAUCGUCUGAUCACUGAAUGGAAGAUGGGCCCCCACGAAGCCUACAUACACUUGAACAAGACCAUCGAACAAGUAAACGCUGUCAUGGGCAGCUUUUUCCAAGGUGAGCGCAUGGAGGAUGAUUUGCGUUGGCGCGAGAGGGUCGAGGAGCGCGUCAGCGCAAAAUCCACAACCGACACUGUCGUCGGCGAUGAUGCAAAUCUUCCCACCUCUGAUGUGCCGGCCGAUUUUGAGGAGAAGAGUGACGAGGACAUCUACUUUGCUCCCGAAAACAACAAUGUCAUCUUUAGUAGUGCCAUCGACGGAUGGGCCUUUACCCCUCGCCAAUUUGCUGCCAUCUAUGACAAGAAACUCGGUAUGAAGAGAGAGAUUCUAGAAAAGACCCUUUGGGGUGACUUCUAUCUCGAUCCCAAGACCAAACGUGUGCUCGGAAGCAAGCACCUGAAAGGUAGAAACUUGAAGCCCAUGUUUGUCCAACUCGUUCUUGAGCCUAUCUGGGCUGUCUACGAAGCGACUACUGGGGGCGACCAAGGAAAGGGCGACCCGGCCCUCCUGGAGAAGAUCACAAAGUCAUUGAAUUUGACCAUCCCUCAACACAUCAAGCGAUCACGCGACCCUCGUGCUCUGCUGACUACAGUCUUCGCGAGCUGGCUACCCCUUUCUACUGCUCUUCUUGUGUCUGUGAUAGAACACCUGCCAUCUCCUCCCAAGGCUCAAGCAGCCCGUAUCCCACCGCUCCUGGAAGCUUCACCUGGCUCUGAUCAUAUUGACCCCAAAGUGACAACCGCCAUGACGGAGUCCAGAAAGUCAACAGAAGAGCCGGUUGUCGCAUAUGUCAGUAAAAUGGUGUCGGUGCCUGAGAGUGAGCUUCCGAUCAACAAGCGACGCGGCGGUGCACUCACGGCAGAGGAGGCACGCGAGUUGGGCCGCAAGAAGAGAGCCGAGAUCGCCAAGGCACAAGCACUUGCGAAUGGUGAAAACGCAGAUGUUGAUUCGGUCGCUGAUGCUCUCAGUACCGUGGCCAUCGGAGAGGACGACGAUGAGGAUUCUGCACCCAAAGACGAAGAAGCAGAGCAGGAAGACCGAGAGCAUCUCAUUGGCUUUGCACGUCUGUAUUCUGGUACCCUGACAGUUGGCCAAGAAGUCUACGUCCUUCCGCCCAAGUUUACUCCGGCUAACCCGAGGGCUUCUCCCGAGCCCAAGAAGGUCACAAUCACCGCUUUGUACCUCCUGAUGGGCCGUAGUCUGGAAGCUCUUAACUCGGUUCCUGCAGGCUCCAUCGUUGGUAUCGGCGGCCUCGAGGGUGCCAUCCUGAAAUCGGGCACACUCUGUUCUCAGCUCGAUGGCGCACCUAACCUUUCAUCGUCAUCUGCUAUCAGCACCAAUGCUCCCAUCGUCCGUGUUGCCGUCGAACCUGCAUGGCCAGCAGAUCUAGACAAGAUGGUCAAGGGCUUGCGUUUGCUAGAACAAGCUGACCCUGCAGUCUUGUACGAGCAACUGGAGAGUGGUGAGCAUGUCAUUUUGACUGCUGGCGAGUUGCAUCUGGAACGCUGCUUGAAGGAUCUUCGUGAACGUUUUGCAAAAUGCGAUGUCCAAGCCGGAGAAGUCAUCGUGCCGUACAGAGAAGGCAUCACCAACUACGUCGCCUCAUCGACCACAGAACAACAGGAAGAGAUGAACCCACCCAAGUAUCCUGAACUAGGAAGAGGUAGAAUUGAUGUUGUCACCACCAGUAAGCAAAUCACUGUCCGUCUCAGUGUACGCCCACUACCGGAAUCUGUCACACACUUUCUUGUCAAGAACACAGCUGCAGUCAAGAGACUGUAUUCAGAAAAGAAAGCGGUACAACAAGAUUCCGCUGCUGCGGCCGAGAACACCGAGGAACAAGAUGGUGAACACGAAGCCGGCAACGAUGUUGGUAUCGUCGAAUCGGGUCGAGUACUGUCGAUGGAUGAGUUCAAAGCUCAACUGAGUACAGCAUUUGCUGAUGUCAAGGGUGACAAAGACAUUUGGCAGGAUGCGGCUGAGAAGAUCACAGCAUUCGGACCCCGCAGAGUAGGACCCAAUGUUCUCAUUGAUGCCACCCAGAAUGGUAUCUGCGGCAAGUUCCUGCGUGACGUACAAGAUGACAAGGAGAGCACCGACGAGACAGACGUUCGGCCCGAUCAACUACGAGCUCGGGACUUUGUCGACAAGGUCACAUACGCCUUCCAACUUGCCACGAACCAAGGCCCCCUCUGCAACGAACCCAUGCAAGGUGUUGCCGUCUUCGUCGAGGACAUCACGAUCAACAAGACCGAUGACGAGCAACAGAACAUGGGACGUUUGACUGGCGAAGUGAUCAAGUCCACGCGAGACAGCAUCCGUCAAGGCUUCUUGGACUGGAGUCCACGUCUGCUGCUGGCCAUGUACAGUUGCGAGAUCCAAGCUUCCGCCGAAGUCCUGGGUCGUGUAUAUGCAGUCAUUACAAGACGUCGCGGCAGGAUCAUCUCAGAGUCUCUUCUCGAGCCUUCGCCCAAUUUUACCAUCUUGGCCUUGCUGCCCGUUGCAGAGAGUUUCGGUUUCUCAGACGAGAUCCGCAAGCGAACCUCGGGUGCUGCCAGUCCUCAACUCAUCUUCGAAGGCUUUGAGAUGCUGGAUGAAGACCCCUUCUGGGUGCCUCGUACCGAGGAAGAGAUUGAAGACCUCGGUGAAAAGGGUGACAGAGACAAUGUUGCCAAGCGCUAUGUUGAUACUGUCAGAGAGCGCAAGGGUCUGUUCGUCCAACGCAAGGUUGUCGAGCACGGAGAGAAGCAAAAGACAUUGAAGCGUUAA